AUGGUUGUGGCCGCUCCAAUGUACAGUACUGGUAACGUUGUCUACCCGCGGCACGGCCGGCCAGGCCAUGGGCUCAGCAGCAUAGUCUUUAAGACAAGGGUGGUGGUAGCCUUUGCCGGUUCUUUUCCUCCGUCCAGAUCUGGCAUGAUCGCCGGGGCGCCAGCUUUGGCCACUGCCGCUCGACGAGGCUUCCAGCUUUGGCUGCCAAGCAAGAGUCAACUGCCUCAGAGCGUUAAAGCGCCCACGUCGGCGGCGGCGGCGGCGGCGGCGGCGGCGGCGAAACAGGUUGGCGGGCGUGAUGCUGGAUGGACUUGGGCAUCUGAUGAUGAUGUUGUUGAUGUAAGCGAGGUCGGUCGGGUUCAAGAAGCUGCUGUUGCGGCGCGGCCGACGUUGACAUGCCCCGGCAGCAUGAUUCGGCCGAAGGCACUGCUGCGUGGAUAUUGGCCCUCUGCCACGGCGAGCCAGCGCCAGACAAUGUAA